AUGUUUCAUGCUUUAAUAAAAAAAACUUUUUUAAAUAAUUUAACAAAAAGAAAUUUCGCUUCAAUAUCUAAACCACCUGUAAAAUUAAAUCGACAGGAAAUAUCGAACAGACAAAAAUUUCGACAAAUAAAUCCUCCUCCCUCAAUACUUAAAGAAAUAGAAGCAUUGGGCUUGGGGAAACCACGCAGAGUAAAAACGAGUCGGUUCGCUACUAAAGUUGCAAUCGUUGGACGAAAAAAAUUGGAACAUACAUUGGGCAAAUUAGAAAUUCCACAAGAGGAAUUAGAGUUACCUCAUUUGUCAUUCUUUGCUGGGGCAAAAAUUCCUUCUUCGAUUCCUCCAGAACGAGUUCCUGAAGUAGCAUUCGUUGGACGAUCCAAUGUGGGAAAGUCAUCUUUGAUAAAUGCUUUGGCAGAUACAACGAUCGUAAGAACUUCAAAUAAACCAGGUCUGACGCGGCAAAUCAAUUUCUAUGCUGCGAGUAGAAUCUUCAAUAUGAUAGAUAUGCCUGGAUAUGGAUUCGCCUACGUAAAAGAAGAAGAAUUGAUUCAAUGGGGAAAACUGAUAGAAACUUAUAUAACAAUGAGAACAACGCUCAAAAAAAUUUACGUAAUUAUCGAUGCUCGACAUGGAAUUAAAUUAGCUGACGUAAAUUUUCUCGAGAUGCUUGAUAAGAAAGACGUCAAGUUUCAAAUUGUGUUAACAAAAUGUGAUAUGGUGAUACCACCGGAUUUAGCAAGACGUUACGUAGUGGUUAAAAAAAAAUUGAAUCAAUAUAAAAAUGCAAAUGAAGAACCAUUAAUGGUAUCGGCAAGGAAAAAGGCAGGGAUUCUCAAUUUAAGGAAAGAAAUUUUACAAACGGUUGAAGCAUUAGAAAAAGCACGUCAACAGAAUAAGGCAUUAUUAAUCGAUAAUGGAAGGAAAGUUAGGAAUUCACGACAUUCAAAUGCAAAAAGAAAAAAGCGUGUUUCAAGGAAAAUGUAA